UUUAUACAGUGCCUGAUUCAAUUGUCAACAACUGGUGUGUAUUUCAUUCUCCUCAUUCUACUGAGGCCAUACAGGUCAGUUGUAUGGGGUACCAGAAAAACAGAGAUACACACAUUUUUUGAGAUAUUGUCCACCCUGACAGUAGGUUUGAUGCAGUCUGUACCCCUCCUGGUGACCCUGGGAGCAAACACUCCCACCCUCGAGUAUCUGGUUCUGGGAUGUAUUGGAUUGACACUGUUAAUAGGGGUGGUCAUGAUUUUUUUUACUCCAGUGGAAAAAGUUGAAGAGAUAACUCCAUUAGAUGGAAACCUAGGCUCUUCCAGUGAAAGUGUGCAUUCACGACACAACAAAGUCGCACCGGCCCCUAUGACUUACGAGGAAGUCAUUCAAGAGAGAAGGAGAUAUGUUAGUGUAUUUUGCAUCGUCGCAAACCUGGAUUUUGAGUCCGCAAGCUUCCUCAGUGAUGAUAGAGAGAAUCGACGUGAAUCACCCAGGGGUUACCGACGAUGUGUAUUUUGA